AAAAAAAUGUUAAUAUGGCAACUUAAAAAUUUAAUAUUACUAUUGACUCAAGUCAAAUUACACAUAUCACAAAUUAAGUUAAAAUUAUUAGGCUGUUAAACAUUCUCAUUACUUUUUAAAAUAUAAUUUAUAAAUAACAGAUUAAAAUGUCGAAAGCAAGCAAACGAAAGUAUAUUGUCAAAGAAAUCGAAGAUUUCAGCAUUCCUACAGAAUCGCAGUCAAUAGUUCGAAUUGUAAAAUCAUGCGGCAAUAAUCUUCACGAAGUUAUUGAUCCAGCUGGAAUUCAAUAUCUCAUAUCUAUGCCAGUAAAAUUUAGAAAAAAUAUUUGGAUAAAGCAAGGAGAUUUUGUAUUGGUUGAACCAAUUCCAGAAGGGGCCAAAGUGAAAGCUGAAAUUGUUAAGAUAUUAACUCGAGAACAUAAAAAAUGGUAUCGAGAACAAAACUGUUGGCCCCAAGAAUUUGAUGAAGUUUCAAAUUCGAAACAAAGAACAAUUAAGGAAGAUAGUGAUAACGAAGAAGAUGAUCUUUUUAUAAAUAAUAAUAGAAAUAGAUUAUUUCAAAAUAGGAUAGAUAAUACCAGUAAUAUAAGUUCUGAAGAAUCUGAUUCUUGUUAAUGUUUUUGUAAUGAUAUUAUAAGUAAUAAGUAUAUAAUAUUUAUAUACGAAAGUAUUUAUAUACAAAAUUGUUUGUAAAAAGAUAAAAUAAAUAUUUUUUAGAAUUA